GGACUGUCUGUUACCUGUCAAAAUGUUAUCUGUUAUCAAAACACAUUACCGUGUUCUUAUUUUGACCAUGCAUCUUAUAUUUUCGGCAACAGGAGCAAACGAUCAAGAGUUCGGCGAAAGCAAAAGCUCGGGGUGGACUCUAUGUGCUGCCAGUAGGGAGUUGGGCCAUGUGCUGGGGUGUUAAGCAGUGGGGAAACACUCUUUUCACGCCACUUCGAUACCGAAGUGACUUCUUCGUAGCAGGUUAGAAUUUACGCUGCAGGUUAGGAGAACGAAUUUAGCAUGUUAGGAAACUGGAGAAGGUGAUGUCGUAAAGCAGAAAGUGUCGCAAACCAGGUGCAGAGGAGGGAGGGAGGUGGAGUGGAGAGAGGAGUGGGGUACGGGGGGAGGUGGCGAGAGAGGAGGUGACUCGCCCCGGCAGGCAUUAUUCAGACAGAGCGAAAGGAUCAUGGCGGAUGGCCCCAGGUGUAAGCGCAGAAAACAGGCGAACCCGAAGAGGAAUAACGUAACAAAUUACAACAAUGUUGUGGAGGGCCAGUCAGACUCUGAUGAUGAGGACAAGCUACACAUAGUGGAGGAAGACCCUGAUGGUGACAGCACGCUGCCAGAAGACGCCUCAGUAGUAUUAACCCAGAACGGUACAGAGACUCACCAAGACACCUGGGAUGGAGUGAAGGAGGACUGUGGCUCUGAAGAGGAGGAUGAGGAGGAAGGGGGGGAGGAGGAGGAGGAGGAGGGGGGUAAGGAUGCCCUGGUAGAGGAGAUGCUACAGUUGGGGGAUACAGCGGUCAUCUACCCCGAAGCUCCAGAGGACGAGCAGAAGAGCAGGCCUGAGAGACGGGUCCCAGACGAGAAUGGCACGCCAGACACUCUUUCCCAGCUCCUGACCUGCCCGUACUGCUCGCGGGGCUACAAACGCUGCACUGCCCUGAAGGAGCACAUCAAGCUGCGCCACGAGAAGAGUGAGGACAACUUCAGCUGCUCCCAGUGCAGCUACACCUUCGCCUACCGCACACAGCUGGACCGUCAUAUGACCCAACACAAGACUCAACACAAGGAACCUGUACAGCGCCACAUGCCCCAAACCACGACAACAACAGGGGGGAAUAGGAAGUUCACGUGUACAGAGUGUUCCAAGGCUUUUAAAUACAAGCACCACCUGAAGGAGCACCUGCGUAUUCACAGCGGAGAGAAGCCAUACGAGUGCCCCAACUGUAAGAAGCGAUUUUCCCACUCCGGGUCCUACAGCUCCCACAUCAGCAGUAAGAAGUGUGUUGGCAUGGUGCCUGUCAACGGUACCCCCCGACCAGUCAUAAAGGCCUCCCAGACCCCCACCACACAGAACCAGCUUUCCGGCACUGCCCCCGUAGCCCCUACCCGACUGCUCCUCCGGGGGGAGAAGACAGAUGGCAAGCCCCUUCAGGAGCAGCUCCCCGUCAACCAGAUCAAAUCCGAGCCGGUGGAAUACGAGUACAAGCCGGUGGCGGUGGGGCCUAACGGGGCAGCAGGGACUAACGGGACAGUGUUUACCGGUGGCAUGGCGGUACCCCAGGGCACGGUCCAGGCGGUGGUACUGCCCACCGUUGGUUUGAUGUCUCCUAUCAGUAUUAAUCUCAGCGACCUGCAGAACGUACUCAAGGUGGCCAUGGAUGGGAAUGUGUUUCGCCAGGUGCUGGGGACAGCCAACGGGCUGGUUUCGUCCAAGCAGGGGGUGGUGGGGCAGGCUGGGCAGCAGGUCAUCUCAGCCAUCAGCCUCCCUGGCUUCGUGGACCAAGACGGAACCACCAAGAUCAUUAUUAACUACACCCUGGAGCCCAGCUUGGCCCAACAGCCCAGCGCACCUCAGCUCCUCAAGAAGGAACCUCUCCCUGCCCCCACCACCACAAACACACAGCCAGCCUCCAAAGUAACAGAGAAAGUCACCCAGGACCUCAGCAUCAUCAAGACCGAGCAGCCCGACUCGGAGUCUGAGAAGGAGAUGGAGAAAGAGGAGGCUCAGACCGAGGCAGAGGCAGAGCAGAGUAAGGAGGGUGAAACACCAAAGGCCCAGACAGGCAAGACAACAUGUCUGCUGUGUGAUGACUGUCCUGGUGGUUUGGAUGCACUACACAUGCUCCAGCACUGUAAACCUACCAAUGGGGAGGGGGGUGACGUCAGCCCCCUGGACCCCUCUAUCGCCGCCCUGCUGGCAGAAGCAGGGAUAACACCAGGCCAGCCCCCUCUGAAGAACCUGCUCUCCCUCCUCAAGGCCUACUUUGCCUUAAACGCAGAGCCCACCGAGGAAGAGCUGGCCAAGAUCUCUGACAACGUCAGGUUGCCCGUGGACAUAGUCAAGAAAUGGUUUGAGAAGAUGCAGUCCGGUCAGAUUACUGUCGAGCCCCCUGGUUCCUCUUCCCCUCUACCUUCAACAGGUCCUAGCACAGAGACCCAGGCUGCCCAAAAGAAGAGCGGAGAGCAGACAGAGGCGCAAUUCGCCUCGGCCCAAACCCAGGAGACAUCAUCUUCCCAACCUCCCAACAGUUCCCCUGCCUCGACCUCCGCCUCCCCCUUGGUCUCAGCCUCGGCUCCUUCACCACUAAACCUCUCCUCCAGCGGCCGGGUCAUCGUGAAAACGGAGGAGGACUCAGAGGGCGAGUCUCAAGAUCUUCCCCUGGACCUGUCCCUUCCCAAGCAGCCCCAAUCAGAGCCCCAGGUCCCCCAUGUCCCCCAGGAGCAACCCCUCAACCUCACCUGUUUGAAGAAGGAAACGUCCCAUCCCCAGCUCCAGGCCCAGCUCCAACCCCAGCUCCAACCCCAGCUCCCAGGGUUCCAACCCCAGCUCCAGGCCCAGAUCCAGGCCCAGCUCCAACCCCAGCUCCAGGCCCAGCUCCCGGGGUUCCAAACCCAGCUCCAGGCUCAGGGAACCACCAACACCAUCUACGUCACUUCCCCCCCGCAGAUGGCCACCUCCAGCCCGGUUAACAUCAUGACCACCCAGCUAGUAGCCAUCACCAACCAGGGCAGCGGUGUGCCCUGUCUCAGGGCCAUCUCCACUGGCACCACCAAACGGACUAUUCUCAUCCCCCAGCUUACCUACACAUACACCACUAAAGCAGGCAGCGACGCCACUGGGGCCGACGGAGCCCAGAAGACCGUCAGAAUCAACGGUUGCCAGGAGGAGGAGAAGGCUGACACCAGUUCAGAGAGCGUGUCGGCGGUAGAGGAGCAGAACGACUCAGACUCAGCCCCUCCACAGAAGAAGAUGCGUCGGCUGGAGAGUGGCAUGUAUGCCUGUGACCUAUGUGACAAGAUCUUCCAGAAGAGCAGCUCCCUGCUCAGGCAUAAAUACGAACACACAGGAAAACGUCCACACGAGUGUGGCAUCUGCAACAAAGCCUUCAAACACAAGCACCACUUGAUAGAGCACACGCGUCUGCACUCCGGAGAGAAGCCCUACCGCUGUGACAAGUGUGGCAAGUGUUUCUCCCACUCGGGCUCCUACUCCCAGCACAUGAACCACCGAUACUCAUACUGCAAGAAGGAGCCCCAAGGAGAUUAUCUGGUGGGGCGUCGGCUCAGCAUGACCCCCGAAAUGAGCCCCCAAGCAGAGGAGCAGCAGUCAGACAGCCGGCCCACCUCCCCUCCCUCCCAACUGGACUCAGACGAGAGGGAGAGUGAGGAGGAGCUGGAGGAAGAGGAAGGAGAGGAGGAAGGCAUGGAAGCCAUGAGCAUGGACGACAUACGGGUGGUGCAGGUGGGCGAGGAUGAUGAAGAGAGUGAGAUCUACGAGGUGGAGGAGUGUGAAGGGGAGAGGCAAGAGGAGGAGGAAGAAGGGAGCAGAGAGGAGGAGGCACAUCAGGAAGAGGAGGGACAGCAGGAAGAUUGA